GCGUCACUUCCACUCGUGUUCGGCGUUUUGUCUGUGAGAGCUCACGCGGUUUCAACAUGCGUAUUGAGAAGUGUUAUUUCUGUUCGGGGCCCAUUUACCCCGGCCACGGCAUGAUGUUUGUCCGCAACGAUUGCAAGGUGUUCAGAUUCUGUAAAUCCAAGUGUCAUAAAAACUUUAAAAAGAAGCGCAAUCCUCGCAAGGUCAGGUGGACUAAAGCAUUCCGUAAAGCAGCUGGUAAAGAGCUUACAGUGGAUAAUUCAUUUGAAUUUGAAAAACGUAGAAAUGAACCUGUUAAAUACCAGCGAGAGCUAUGGAAUAAAACUAUUGAUGCAAUGAAGAGAGUUGAAGAGAUCAAACAGAAACGCCAAGCUAAAUUUAUAAUGAACAGAUUAAAGAAAAAUAAAGAAUUACAGAAAGUUCAGGACAUCAAAGAAGUCAAGCAAAACAUUCAUCUUAUCCGGGCCCCUCUUGCCAGCAAAGGAAAGCAAUUGGAAGAAAAAAUGGUGCAGAAAUUACAACAGGAUGUGGACAUGGAAGAUAUUUCUUAAAGAUCUCACUAUUUCUAUAAGUGCAUUUGAAAAUGUCCUUAGGAGACCAAGAACUUCUAAAUGAUCUUUUAUAUUUUACAUAAGGUCACUCAAAUGAAAGGUAUUUAAAAAUAUAUCUCUUCUACGUUGCUCAUUGCUGUCUGUAAAAUAUCAGAUAUUAUGGAUGUUAGAUUGCAUUUCCAUUGUUAAACCUUCACUGAUACUUACAUUUAUCUAAGUCAUGCAACUUCUCUUUGUAAAUACAGAAGUGAAGUGUAGGCAUAAAAUGUUCCUGCCAUUUGGGUAAUGGCACUAUGCAGUAUUUAUGGAAGAACUAAUGACAAAAAUAUAUUUUACAUAUCCCUAGCCAUAAAUUUUCUUUGCAGUAAAAUAUUAAUUUUACUUUA